AUGUUCAAUGAGGGAGAUGAAUUCAGUUUUGAAGAAAUUAAAAUGGCUACAGGAAUAGAGGAUAGUGAGCUCAGAAGAACUCUGCAGUCACUGGCAUGUGGGAAAGCCAGGGUACUAAAUAAAUUACCAAAGGGUAAAGAUAUUGAGAAUGGAGACAAGUUUAUCUUUAAAACAGACUUUAAGCACAAGUUAUAUCGGAUUAAAAUUAACCAGAUCCAAAUGAAGGAAACGGUGGAAGAACAGGUUAAUACGACAGAGAGGGUUUUCCAGGACAGACAGUACCAGAUCGAUGCAGCUAUUGUACGCAUUAUGAAGAUGAGGAAAACUCUUUCACACAAUCUUCUUGUGUCUGAGAUU